CUUUGAAUGCCUUUGUCGUGGGCUUCAGUUGUGUCCAAGGGCCAAGUGCGGAAUCAUUUUGUUGCGGCUACUCUACGUACUAGUGCAUCCUGCCACGAGCUACGUACUACAUCCUGCUACGGACUGCAAGCUGCGACUAAGGACUAUCGUGUGUCGGUUGUGAGUUGCCUCGUGGCUUACGCUCAGUUUAAUCAGUGAUUAAGAUGUUGCCCAGACCGCUAAUCGGAUGAGGCAUUCGAGCAAGUGUCAUCUGAAUAAAAGUUCGGUACAUAUCUCUUUUGCCGCGCCAGCAAGCCCAACAGCCCAACACAGCAAAUAACAACAACAAGAAACAAGAAAGAAAGCCACAAGUUCAAGUAAAUCCGCAGAUAUUUCCACCCAUAUACAUAUACUCGUGUGUAUAUUUGUGUGGCUCUCUGUGUGUCAUGUGCGUAUCUGUGUGUGUAUCUGUGUGUAUAAUGCGUAUGUAAUCCAAGCAAAUCUGUCACGUGUUUCGGAUAUCUUUUUGGGAAGCCUGGAGCCGGAGCUAAAGGAAUUUAUUGAAAAAAAAGAUAAACGCCCAAUGCUCUCUGGAUUUAAUUCGAUUUGAUUCGAAAGAAGGGACAGAUGUUGCUUCUCGCGGCGGGGCAGCCCAGAAAAAUGGCCAAGAGCCAGCGUUUAUUUAUGGCCCAAAGAGGAGAAAUCACAUUAGAUGCAAACUGCCUGUCGAAAUGAAUGAAACAUUGAACACCAAAAAUAAAUAUUAAAUAAAAACAAUUUAUGAACAACUAACGACAUAAAAUUGCCCAUAAAACAAAAGGGAGAAUCCGAAACAAACCGUCCGCAAAUAUCGCAAAAAAUAAAUAAAGCAUAAAACGAAGCAAAAAGUGAACGAGAGCGAAAACUAUUAUUUGACAAACUGUCAGUCGGCGUGGAGCUCAGUCGAAGGUGAAAUUUGUGAACGUUUGCGAUAUUCUCGAGUGGAAUCUCUGCUCUGCUCGGCUGGGCUGUUUAUGACCGUUGCGUAUACGCGGCGUUGCGUGUUCCGCAGUUUCAGCAGUAUACAGCAGUCCGCAACUCGCAGGCGCUGGUGUUAAAUGCUUUCACAUAUCUGUGGUGCGGCUCGGGCCGCCUUCUGCGCUCCAUCAUCGCUGGCUACAACCACAUCCGCCAUCAUCCGCCAGUGAAAGUGCCGAGCUGUGCAUUAUUUCCGCGUAAGUGAACAUUUUCGCCCCCAGAGUAAGAGAGCUCGAGCUCCCCAUCCGAUCCGAGUGUGUUGACUCUGCCGCUGAACGGCAUGCGCCUGUGGAGGAAUCGAAGUCGCAGCAAAAUGCAUACCCUCGAAACGGGCCCCUGGUCCGUCCAUGGGCCACAGCUGACGCAGCUGCUCCUUGGCGGCAUACUCUGCAUGACAAUUGCCUCGAACACACAGACGUCCGCAGAGGCCACAGCAGCGCAGGGGACAGGAGCAGCAUCAGCAGCUACCGCCAUCAUUUUCGAUGGAAGCAGCGACCCAUCAUCAGCCUCAGCCUCAGCCUCAUCCUCAUACUCGGCGACCGCAUUCUCCAGCCUUGCUCAAGUGUCCUCGCUGCUGCCGGAGGCGGCCGCCCUGUCGGCGACAGCCACCCUAGUGGAACCAUAUCUGGAUGGCUAUGCCACCUCCAAUGUGACCACUCAGAUCGGUACACACGCGUAUCUCCCUUGUCGGGUCAAACAACUGGGCAACAAAUCUGUUUCCUGGAUUCGACUGCGCGAUGGACACAUCUUGACCGUUGACAGGGCGGUCUUUAUAGCCGAUCAGCGUUUUCUGGCCAUCAAACAGCCGGACAAGUACUGGACGCUGCAGAUAAAAUAUGUGCAGGCCCGUGAUGCAGGGUCCUACGAGUGCCAGGUCUCCACAGAGCCCAAAGUCAGUGCGCGUGUCCAGCUGCAAGUUGUGGUGCCGCGCACGGAGAUAUUGGGCGAGCCAGAUCGCUAUGUGAAGGCUGGCAGCAACGUCGUCCUACGCUGCAUUGUCCGUGGCGCCUUGGAGCCGCCCACCUUCAUCAUGUGGUACCAUGGGGCCGAGCAACUGGCAGCGGACUCUCGUCGCCAUCGCACGCAAUUGGAUCCCAAUCUGCCGGAGGCCACAGGCGAAGGACAGAGCACGAUUGGCUCAUUAAUCAUCGAGUCGGCCAAGAAGCGCGAUACUGGCAAUUACACAUGUAGCCCGUCGAAUAGCCCCAGUGCGACCGUAACGCUGAACAUAAUAAAUGGUGAAUCAUCUGCCUCGGCGGUCACCUCCUCGGCAGCCACCACACGGGCCUAUGCCCUGAGCAUUCUCGCCCUGCUGCUAAGUGUCAUCCUCAUCGGAGUGGGCCAUCGGACAUGACAUGUCACCGGACAGAGGUCACCAAACUAAGGAGUGAAUCCAGAACUCUGCCAACGGAAAA